AUGGCCUCGUCUUCCUCUUCCCCGUCAUCCUCGCACGGUCAUCAUCAGCAGCAACAGCAGCAGUCUUUUCAGCAGCAGCUGCGCCAUCAGCACCACCAACCCCCGCCCCUAUCUCAUGGUCUGAACUCCUCCAACGGCGGCCACUCCACCCGGGGUCCCUCUCCGCCCCAUCCGCACGGGGGUGUGCCCCCGCAUUUGCCCAUCAGCGGUUCAUCCGUGUCCUACUCGGACGACAACACGGGAGGAGGAGGAUCGUCGUUCAACAUUCUCAACAUGCAGGCCUCCUUUGACGACUCCUCGUCCCACCUCGACCUCCCCUCCCUACUCCAGGCCAACGGCAACAACGGGGGACGCGACGUGCGCCUAGGCGUGGGUCUCGACCACCACCAGCACCACUACAAUCACCACACCACCACCAUCAACAGCAACAUCACCACCAGCACAGCUCCUGUGCCCGAGAACAAGCCGCAAGAGCUGCCCUCGCCUGACGGCAGUCCGGAGGUGUCGGGUCCGCCUCCGCAGCACAGUAGCACGACCUCGGCAGCCGCGGCGAAGAAGAGAGCCGCCGGCGACAUGUCGGCCUUGGGCGGUGUGGGACACCACCAGGCGGCGCCGAGCCUGCAGCACUUCACCUCGGCGGGCGACGAGGCCCCCAAACCGGCGCGUGCCAAGAAAAAGAAGGUGGAGAAGAACAGCAACGCCCUCCCGCUCGACGACAACGACCUCCUCGACGACGAGUUUGGCGACGGCCUCGACUGCGAGGUGGACGGCGGCGGCGGCGGAGGCGGCGGCGGCAAGGAUGUCAAGCGGCAGAUGCGGCUGGUCAAGAAUCGGCAGGCCGCGCAGCAGUUCCGCAAGCGGCAGAAGCUGUACAUCCAGGACCUGGAGAGGCGGUGCACCACGCUCACCGCGCAGAACGCCUCCUACGCGGCCAAGGUGGAGCUGCUCAGCACGGAGAACCGGCUGGUCAAGGAGCAGCUCGAGUACCUGCGCAGCUUCGUGAGCCAGGCCGUCCAGGUCUCCCUCACACCGGCCGCGGUGGCCGGCGGUCCCUUGCAGAUGCCGGGACCCCUGUCGGCCGCGCUCGCCGGGGCCAUCCCGGCGCCCCUGCUCGGCAUCGGCAGCCCGCUCGCCGGCGCCCUCUCCGCCGGAUCAUCAUCCCACCACCCCUCGCAGACCGGACCCGGCCGACCGGCCUUUGCGCCCCUCCAGCCGCAUCCCAUCACCACCGGCGGGUCCCAUCUGGGCGCCAAGAUGCCGUCAUUCCCUUCCCCCGUCUCGCUCGCGCCCGCCUCCUCUUCGGCCCCGCGCGGAGGCGGCAGCGCCUACGGAGGCGCCUCCGCCUCAUCCUCGCACCUCUCCUCCCUCCAGCCGGCCUCCUCCGCCUCGGCCUAUGCCCGCGGCGGGUCAUCAUCCCUCAUGCCCGACCUCCACCACCACCGCCCCCUCUGA